GAGCGCAUCGUACGCUCGCCACUCGCAACUAGUCUCCCGAGACCCGCGCACGAGUUACGCUCGCUACAUCGCGAACAUGAAGUGCAUUAUAUUUUGUGCCCUUUUAUUUUGUUUAUGGACUGUGAAUGCCCGCGAAAUAGACUUUAAGCAAGAACUGCAGGCGCUGGGUGAGCAGAUCGAGUUGCUUAAAACUCUUCAUCUGACCGACGUAUCCCGCCUGAAGAAGGAAAUCGACGAGCUCAAGAAAAAUCCAGCUUCUGCCUGCACCGACAAUCAUGAACGCAACGAGCAAGCUACUUUGGAGUGGGCCAAGAGUUCCAUGAAGGAACUUCGUACUGAGAUGCGUGAGCUUAGUCGCAACGUCAAUAGUUCUCUACUCCUUCACCAGCUCCAUACCAUUCGAAAUGAGUUGAAACGAGCUUUGUCGGAAGCUACGGACUUGACUCAGCUCGCGCGAACACAAGAGGCAAGAGUUGACAACCUGGAUAGAGAAAUGGGACGUCUCAAGUUAGAGGGCCAGCAGAUGAGAAGUAUGACUGCACAUCUGCGCACGCAUUUCGGAAAACUAACUAAGGAGCUCAAAGCAAAACAACUCGAAGAACUUAACAUGGACAGUUACAACGACGUUCUAGAGCCACAUGAAAUCAGGGCGGGAGAAUUGAAAGCGGAGCACGGUCAUAAGUACCGUCACAACAAAAUGGUUCAUGCGCAAAUUUCUCGCCUGGCUCGCAGCCAAGAUCAACUAGAUGAGUAUCAACAAAAUCUACAGGCACAGAUGCUUGAUAUGCAAAAGCGACUUGAUCGUGUCGAAGAACCUAACUGGGACCUCGUUUCUGCUAAAGUUGACUUUCUCGAACUUGAAGCCAAAUCACUACGAGAUGAGCUCAAAAACACUUCUCAGAAAAUGUCAGAUUUCGACAAAAUACAUUCUUCAAUGUUAGAAUUACGCGAAGACGUCGAAAGCAUUGAAAACAAGGCAGAUAAAACUAUACCAGAAUUCCGGAAAGAAAUAUCCAAAUUAGACGUCAGUUUCGCACAGCUUAAUGCACAAUCGUCUUAUUUAAAAGAAGAUCAGGAGAAUCUGCGACAAUCGGUGAAAGCGAUUGCUGUAAGCGUAAGCAAUGCUAUUGACCGUGCCGAAAUAGACCGCCUCGUUAUUAAGAAUAUUAACGAUUCAAUAGCUGAUCUGGAGAUUAAGUCUAAGCAGCAUUACUAUCGCCUUAACGAUCAUAUUCUCAAGAGUGAAGCUAACCAUUUUGAUAAAUUAUCAAACGGUACAAUGGGGCUUUCCUUACCUGAUCUUAUGGUUGAAGUUAAAGAACUGCAACCUAUCGAACGCGAAUACGAGGAUCUUGUUAGUCAGCUGUCAAAAGACUGUUCUAGCAUAUCUGGUCCCGCAGAAGCAUAUCUGAUCCACCCCGGCAAUUAUCCGAUUGAGACCUGGUGCGUUAAUGGAAGCACUCUACUUCAACGUCGUUACAAUGGAUCCGUUGACUUCAAUCGCAAAUUUAACGAGUACGUUCGCGGUUUCGGUGAGCCAGCUUCCGAAUACUGGAUAGGACUAGAGUCUAUGCAUCAACUGACUUCUGAUAACUGUUCCUCUAUGAGGAUUGAUAUGACCGAUAUCUACGGUAGCUGGUGGUAUGCCGAAUACGAGUACUUUGUUGUGGGCAGCGCUGACACUGGCUACGUAUUGGACAUCGGCGGAUUCAAAGGAAAUGCAAGUGACGCAUUUGAAUACCAAAACCAUAUGGAAUUUUCGACUAUUGAUCGCGAUCGGGAUAUCUCGAACACCCAUUGUGCUGGAAAUUACGAAGGCGGGUGGUGGUUCUCGCACUGCCAGCAUGUUAACAUUAAUGGAAAGUACACCCUCGGACUCACUUGGUUCGACUCUGCUAGGAAUGAGUGGAUCGCUGUGGCAACCAGCGAGAUGCGUAUGUACCGCCGGCCUGGUUGUUCUUAAACAGUACGUUGUUUAUUACGAUACAUUAAUUAAUCAAUCAUAUAGUCGCACACAUAUGUGCUUAAUUAUUAAAAUUCAAAAUAAUUAUUAUAUAUAUUAAUCAUACCAAAGAUAACCUAGUAAAACAAUGGUACUUAAUAUUUAAAGUUUCAUGGAACUGAGUAGAUUCUUGUAGGAUAAAUAUAUAAUUUCUAGCUACUUUGUCUGUUUAUUUCAAAUCAAUAUCAGAGUCUCGCCUUGUCUAUACUUAUUUUUCAGAAAUUAAUAUUCUUUUUACAUUAUUUUAAAAUUGCGAAGCGUAACUUAUAAAUGUACUCUGUAAUUAUCGAAUAAAGCUUUCGUCGCUGAGACACAAUAUGUAAUACCGGCUGGUUUAUAUCUUUUGUUAAAAAGCGGCAAUCGACUCACUUUAUUGACGCGGUACAUCGCGAUUCGGUCAGUGGGACUGUUUUAACAAACAGACUUAUUGAGUGAACAAAAAAAAUAAUAUCCCAACAAGGCCCAUCUGAAAACGUAUACUUGAAAAUUACUGUUAACAGUAUUGACCUUUAUUUAUUUGCUUAUUCUUAGUAUGCUUUUUGAAAGCGAAUAAUUUGCUUGUAAAUAUAUUACUUUACUCAUAGGUUAAAUUUAAGUUUUACUUCUAUUGUAUAAACGUGUUAAGUCUUAUUUAAAAUGAUUUGUCGAAUUCAAGCAAUGAUUAUUUUCACUACUCACGAUUACUCUAGUUGUAAUAUUACGAAAUUAAGUUGUAGUUUUAUGCUUAAAGUGUCAUAUUAAUGUACCCUUUUUCCUAAUAUUAUGUAUGUAUAUAAGAUAACAUUAUUUCGGGGCAAGUGAACGCCGCCUUAGAUAGAGGGAAACUGUAUUAAUUUAUUUUAUUUUAUAUCAAUCUCCACGAUGUUUUUCGGCCCACAUACAUUAAAAAAAUAUAUCUAAGUAUAUUGAAUUCUACUGAAUAUUAUAGAGAUUAUGUAC